UGAGGGCUGGCCGCUGAGCGCGCAAAGUCUCACUAGACCGGUGGGGUAGUGCGGACGGCUCCCCAGUCAAGGGUCGUCCGUGACCUCUGGUCCGUUUCUCUGGCAGCACGGGGAAUAAAGCUCUCGAAACCGACUGGUCCUGUCCCGGAAAGGGGGCAGAUAUUCAGGACCCCUUCAUCUUCCAGUGGACAGCGAGCCCGGCAUCUUUGGCGUCCGUGGUUGGCAGUUUUUCCAGGUGCUUGCUACAUUGAAAAAUGGCUACUGGACAGGACCGGGUAGUUGCCCUAGUGGACAUGGACUGUUUUUUUGUUCAAGUGGAACAGCGGCAAAAUCCUCAUUUGAAGAAUAAACCUUGUGCGGUUGUACAGUACAAAUCAUGGAAGGGUGGUGGAAUAGUUGCAGUGAGUUAUGAAGCUCGUGCAUUUGGGGUCGCUAGAAGCAUGUGGGCAGAUGAUGCUAAGAAGUUAUGUCCAGAUCUUCUACUGGUACAAGUUCGUGAGUCCCGUGGGAAGGCUAACCUCACCAAGUACCGGGAAGCCAGUGUGGAAGUGAUGGGGAUAAUGUCUCGUUUUGCUGGGAUUGAACGUGGCAGCAUUGAUGAGGCUUAUAUAGACCUGACCAGUGCUGUACGAGAGAGACUACAAAAGCUACAAGGUCAGCCUAUCUCAGCUGAGCUGUUGCCAACCACCUACAUUGAAGGGUUGCCCCAAGGCCCUACAACAGCAGAAGGGACUGAUCAGAAAGAGGAGACGCGAAAACGAGGCUUAUUUCAAUGGCUUGAGUCUCUUCAGAUUGAUAACACCACCUCUCCAGACCUGCAGCUCACUGUUGGAGCUGUGAUUGUGGAGGAAAUGAGAGCAGCCAUAGAGAAGGAGACGGGCUUUCAGUGUUCAGCUGGAAUUUCACACAAUAAGGUCCUGGCAAAACUGGCCUGUGGACUAAACAAGCCCAACCACCAGACCCUGGUCUCACAUGGGUCAGUCCCACAGCUCUUCAGCCAAAUGCCUAUUAGCAAAAUCCGUAAUCUUGGAGGAAAGCUAGGUGCCUCUGUCAUUGAAAUCCUGGGGGUGGAAUACAUGGGUGAACUGACUCAGUUCACUGAAUCCCAGCUUCAGAGUCAUUUUGGGGAGAAGAAUGGAUCUUGGCUAUAUGCCAUGUGCCGUGGGAUUGAACAUGAUCCAGUUAAACCCAGGAAACUACCUAAAACCAUUGGCUGUGGCAAGAACUUCCCAGGAAAGACGGCCCUGGCUACUUGCGAACAGGUCCAAUGGUGGCUUUUGCAAUUAGCCCAUGAACUAGAGGAGAGACUAACCAAGGACCGAAAUGAUAAUGACAGGGUGGCCACCCAGUUGGCUGUGAGCAUUCAUGUACAAGGAGACAAACGUCUCAGCAGCGUGCGCCGCUGCUGUGCCCUUACCCGCUAUGAUGCUCACAAGAUGAGCCAUGAUGCGUUUGCUGUCAUCAGGAACUGUAACACCUCAGGAAUCAAAACUGACUGGUCCCCUCCCCUCAAAAUGCUCUUUCUCUGUGCUACCAAAUUCUCCGCCCCUGCCCCUUCAUCUUGCACAGACAUCACCACCUUCUUGAGCAAUGACCCAAGUUCUCUGCCAAAGGUGCCAGUUACCAGUCCAGAAGCUAAGACCCAGGGAUGUGGCCCAGCAGUGACAGCCACUAAGAGAGCAACCACUUCUCUGGAAUCAUUCUUCCAAAAAGCUGCAGAAAAGCAGAAAGUCAAAGAAACUUCACUGUCAUCUCUUACUGCCACUACCCAGGCCCCCAUGAGCAAUUCACCAUCCAAGCCCUCCUUACCUUUCCAAACCAGUUGUACUACGGGAACUGAGCCCUUCUUUAAGCUGAAGAGUCUACUUCUAAAACAGAAACAGCUUAAUAAUCCUUCAGUUUUCUUCACUCCACAAAAUCCACAGUCCAGCCGUGAAGAGUUAACAAACUGUCUUCCAGCAGAGUAUCCAGACUGCACCCCUGUCUGUCAAGCAGCAUUGAAGCUAGGAUCCUCUAAAACAACUCCUACAGAGAUGGAUUUGGCCCAGAACAGCCCAAGCAGGCUUGCUUCUUUAACUUCCAGCUCUGCUCUGGAGGUGGCUCAGAAAUCAACUACUACCCCAAGUCCUAUGGCAGCUGAGGACCAACUGCCCUGUGAGAAGUGUGGCUCUCUGGUACUUGUCUGGGAGAUGCCAGAACAUAUGGACUAUCAUUUUGCACUGGAGUUGCAGAAAUCCUUUUUGCAGCCCCACUCCUCAAACUCACAGGCUGUUCCUGCCGGUUCUCCUCAAAGCAAAAGAAAUCCCAAGAGCCCUUCAGCCUCCAGUAAUAAACGCCCUAGGCCUGAGGGCAUGCGGACAUUGGAAUCAUUUUUUAAGCCAUUAACACACUAGUGCUGCCCUCAGGCUUGCUGCAGGGUUUUAAUAUUUUACGUGGAAACUAGGAGAUGGAAAUAUGCUCACUUCGCAAGGAAAUCUGUAACUUUAUGAAAUUUUUAGUAAGAGAAAUAACCCAGUUAGAUGCGGAGUUAAAACUCCCAUCUCUUCACAUGCAUGGAUCCCAAUUCCAUUGCUGACAGAGAUGUAAAAACUAACUUAUCUUGCAGAUAUGACUGCUUUGAGUUUUUAAUCAUCAGAGUUUAGGGAGGCAGUGUCAGAGUACAAAUGUGUGGGCCUCGAAGCCUAGGAGAGGCACUUUCCUUAUCUGUACAACUGAUAAACCUUACAGAUUAUGGGAGAUUAAGGACAGUGUAUUUAAAGUACGUGGCUUAAAGAUGGCACAAAAUAGGAACUGAGAAAAAAACGUGUUUUUAAAAAAUUUUCCCCAAGCUCUUUGAUGGGGGCAGUUCAGAUAAUGCUUUGACCAAAAUGUGAGGUUUGAGAACAUGAGGUGAAGACCUGAAACCCUAAAGUGGUAACUAGUUUAGGGUAGCGCUCUGUACACAGAAGCUGCUCAAUAAAUACUGCAUUU